CCGCCUCCUCCUGUCCCAGACUUCAGCCCAGCGCCACACACUCACUCACACACCUAUCAGCCAGGUACACACACCCCUGCCUGAUCAACACGCUUCAGGAGCAUCUACUCUUUACCUGGGAUUCUGUUUUAAAUCGGACACUCGCUCUCCAGUGUGUGUGUGUGUGUGUGUGUGUGUAUGUGGACUAUGCCCUCCUCUGUGGACUGAGAUUGGAUUUGCUCACACACUCCUGGGAGAGAUAUUACACUACCAGGUGUGAUCGGACAGGACACUGCUAAAGAUGCAAGCUUCCACAGUUCAUCCUGUGACCAACUUUACUACCACAGCACAGAACACCACCACCAAGUCCCCACAACAAAUCCUCAUCCAGAGUUCUGGAGCCAUAAUUGCAAUUAUUGUUAUCGCCAUCAUCAUCAUCCUCGCUAUCCUUCUCAUCAUAUUGAAGACGUACAACAGGAGGACGCAUGCGGCGCGGAUCCUUACUGGAAGCUCCAACAACCAACGGAAAAACACAUCAGCACAUUCAAACAUGGUGAUGGGCAAUAUCCGAGGAAACUCUGGUCUGGGAAGUUUUGCCCAGUCUACGGCACCUCCAGAGAACGGAUUCCACCUACCCCGCGUAGAUCUGGGAACUGUGAAUCACCUGGGAACUGCGGACCAGAGACCCAUCGAGCAGUUCAGUACAACCAGUGGUUCAACUGUGGUCACAAUCCACGACACACCAUCAGUUGGAAACACAUAACACAGCCCUCAGUGACUUCAGUUGGCUGCAAUAAGAUGGUCUUGUUGUGCAAAGAGAAAAUCCAGCAGAAUGAACAAAGUGAACGUAUGCUUGUGGUCAGAAACCUGCAGAACAGAUCCAGAUUAUUACUCACACUAAAACAUGCUGUUCCAAAUAUACUGACUAGAGACCAUAGGUGUCCAUUUACACUGCAUUCCUUAAUGGUUAUGAUUGUGACAACAUUAAGGCUAGCCAAAUUGAGAUGGAGCUCACAAGUGCCAUGACUUUGGGGUUACUUGAAUAGAAAGUUGGGCAGAUUGAUACGCAAGUAUCAGUACUGUACUUCCAAUCACAGUGAUUCAUUCUGAGAAUCAAUAUUCACCUGAAAACCACGUUGUAAUUUUAUUUGUAUAUAACUGAAUGUCUACAUGAGUCUGAAAAACAUAAAGAGAGGUGUGUUUUAAUCUGAUGUGUUUUAGAGUGGUUUUAUACCACAAAAUAAUUUGAUUUUGGGAAAACUUUUGAAUAUAAGGGCUAAAAUAUCAUAAUAAUAAAAUAGGAAUUAGGAAUUUAAUGGUUUACAAAUGACUGUAUGUUAAAAUGAACAGUGCAAUGUCUCAAAGAAAGCUGACUGGUUGCAGUAUGAUGUGGAGCCCAUUCUAAUAUGUUUCCAUGAAAGGAGAAAUCCAGUAGGAAAUUAACUUGAGGUGUAGUGAAACACGAUAAUGAGUAUGAAUUUUGUUAAAUAGCCCAACUCCAUUCAUUUCAAAAUACAUGGUGUUAUGAAAUAGCUAAAAUUUGGGAGGAAGUCUGCCUCUUAUCUAGCACUCUAUGGCUGUGACCGAAAUGGCUCCCUACUCCCUCAUUAGUGUUGCGCUAUGUAGGGAGACACUAAUAAGUUCACUAAUUAGUGGUAAAACUGGAGUGAAUUCGGACACUAACUAAUCAUUAUCAUGCGCCAGCACCGGUCGCAUAAACACACACCGGUGAGAGAGGGGCUGAACCGUAUUUAAAACUCCAUAAACACACUGAACUGAGCUCUGAAUUAAAGUUAGUGAAGCUCUGAGCUGAUCAUGACGUUAUUUAUCUGUUUGUUAUAUUUACGCUGUUUAAAAGAUGAUCCUCACAUUACUGAACUACAUGAAGAAAACCUUAAAAAUAGCAGCGUAUACCGGCUCGCACUGUUGCCAGAUUGGGUGGUUUCAUGCCAAAUAUCGAAUUGUGUCUGAAAUUGUCUGGAGGAAACGCUUUGGUUUGACGCUUGGUGAACAAAACUACCAAGUUUAAAGAGUUGGGAAAUUUAACUCAGCUGUGUUAUAGUUAGAUAUCUAACCCUGCAGAGACAGAGCUUUUAGUCCUGCUGAUGGAAAUUUGAAGCUGUGUUUAUGUUCGUUAUUAUAUGUGAGUAAGUUAUUUCUUUCUUUCAUUGCUUGCAAGGUUGUUUUUAUGUACUGUUUUUACGUUUUUGUUUCGUGUGUCCAAUGAUACAAGGCACAAAACACAUAAUACAAAUAUGCAGAUAAACUCAUUUAAAUAUCAUUUUUUGUAAUCAGUGAUAUUUAAGAUAUUUAUGGUAUUUUAGGUAGGAUCAUGUUGGAAUAAACCGUGUAAUAUUGUUAAUAUGACGAACAUCAGCUGUUUGGGUGGUUUUGUCAGUAAUUUUGUGGAUUUGAAAAACGUUUUACCCUGUGAAUUGGUUUUAUCUGAAUCCCACUGUAACAAUCUGGCAACCCUGGUGGCUCGCUGUCCGCUCCGUUUCUUCGGCUGUCUGUUGCUUAGUAGCGAGACCCGCAAAGCAUUUUGGGACACAUUCAGCUCGCUUAGUAAGCAGCGAUGUUUACUAUAAAUCAUAAUGCAUUAUGGGAGUUUUUAGUGCCCUCAAAAUCACGUCCUAAUCCCCCCUUAUGAUUCGGACACUCAAAGAAAAAUGGCUGACAUACUCAAUAGUGCCCUAACUAGUAAAUAGGGAGCCAUUUCGGUCACAGCCUAUAAAUACCCUCUAACUA